UAAAGAGCUCUUCGAUUUUUGCAUGUGGUGCUAUCUGUAUAUUGCGACAUGUGACUGUUUGGAUUCGUAUCUUUGGCAUCUUGUGAAGGUGGAAUAAGGAUUCUAAAGCGACGAUGUGUCUGUACGAUGGUUGCAAAGGUCCGACAACGGUAUGCUUGGUUUAUCUGAUAGAUCUCGUUUUAGCUCGCAACCUUGACCGGCUCCUGCUCAAGUCAGCACUGCAAAACAUCACUGAAAUAAAGUGGCCACUGACCGAGGCUGUACAAUCAGAAAUCGGGCUUUUUGUGCCUGUUACAGGCUUCUCGUUUCCCAUCACGAACGCUGUUGUUAUAGACCACUAACCUUCCCCACUCGCCUACACCUAUCCUCGACCAUGACUUACGUCUCAAAUGAUCCCAUUUGGUGGCCGA